UGAACGGGAGAAUCGACUUAAAAUAUACUAAAAUUUCCAGAAAUAUGUUAAGAUUUCCCUGAUAUAAAUGAUUAAACAUAACUUUUUAUUAUUCUUAUACUAGUGUAUAAAAUAAUAAGUACAUUAUAAAUGAUAAAUAACGAUAACAUAUUAGUUGUUUCAUUUUUAUCAAGUUGUAAGUGAGUGGUAAAACGUCAUGACGAUAACGAUCAUCAUUUUGACGAUCCUACUGUGGUCAUCAGUCAAAGGUGAGUUACCAGUCAAACGUGACGUGGAAAUAGAGUGGGAUCUUGAGUCGACACCUUUAGAAAUUAGGACUGAUAGUGUGCUGGGGAGUGACGAUCAGGUGUAUGUGCACUUCUACUCUGCUUCUGGAAUUUAUGCAGGAGCAGUCCGGCUCGAAUUCACCUCUACUCCACAAUACUGGCUCAGAUACUGCUCCUCAUCAUUGGCUAACUUCCCUGUUAAACUCCUCUCUACUGCUGACAAGGUGUGGCGUUUCACUCUAACCAGGACUGCAGGUGUCAGACUAGUGAUACACUGUAACGACGAGGAGGUGGUCAACACAGUGCUCUCUGAAUCAACGUGCGGUGAUAGCGCUUGGGCCUGGACCUGGACCAGAGACGUGGGAAAGAUAAAGUUCUGGUCCGGCGACACAGCAUCUGAUUACUACGGAACACAAUUACAAUUACCAGAAGAAGAUACAAGCGAAGAAGAAGAUGAAAGUGAACAGGGAGACAACCAGAACUACUCUGAUGCAGCAGCCCUGAAAGUCAGCUUAAUUUUGCUCGUCGUUCUCCUGUUUGCUGUUGAUAUGAGAAUCUAAACUUGUUGUGUAGUGGACUGGAAUGGUUCUACGGUACAAAACACUAUCUUAACAUGGUGUUUUAUCGGGAUGUGAUAGAAAAAAUAACAACUCAAAAACCCGGACGAAUCUAUAAAUUUAUAAUCUAUAAUUCAACUUUUGAUAUUUAAAAUUUUAAUAUUUUAGACAACUUUCAAUGUUUUAAUAAAAAAUAAAAGAAAGAGACUGCGAUUCAGUAAUUAUUGAUAUUCAUUGUAUGUUUUUUCAGAAUACCUAUUAUAUUUAUUGUAAUAUACAUUUUUUUCCCCGAUCCAUGACUUUUGUGUCAGGACUAGGAACGUGAA